AUGCGUAUGUCAACGCCAGCGUCAGGGACGGACGCGAGAGCUGAACAGAUGCGCGUUUCAGGUUCAUACUGUGAUGAUUUUCAACAAAAUUCUCGGUCUUUCCAUCCUUAUUCAAGCUCACAACGCGCGACACCCUCAUCAUCUACCAACCCAAAUCCCUGGGCCUCUUCCAUCCCACAACCUAACGCAUUCAGGCCUCCGUCUCACACCCACAGACUUGCAUUUGGCAGACCCCGCUGCAGCUCAGAUACUCCUGUCCCUACCGAAAGCCUAAUCGUGCCACCUCCCCUUCCACGAUCACGAUCCAUCCCACUGCCGCCUCUCUCUGCUAUUGAGGCGGAGAUCAACCCGAUACUCGUCACUGGGAUCGAGUAUAACAUCAGAGCACCUACCUCCUUUGCCGAAUGUCCUUCGCGACGACACAGUUCGCGAGGACGGGACGCGUGGAGGUAUGAGGCUGCCGCUCAUCCGCCCGUUGCGUCGUUGACUAUAUUCCUCGACUUCGACCCGCACCGACCUAUCGUCGUCUUCCCCGCGAACAGGCAUGAUACCGUCAUCACGGUAUCUCAUGUUCUGGAUGCUGUGAAUCAGAGGAAUCACUUCCUGGCUCGCCGCGUGCAGACUACGGUUGAAGUCAACAACGGAUACCCUCUCUUGACCGAUACUAUGCGAGCUCAGGCUCUCCGAGUCCUGAGCUGUCGCAUCACGGUGACAUCCGAGUAUUCCCUCAGCAAGGCCUCACGCGCAACAACAUGA